CGCUCCACUGUAUGGUGCCAUAUUUUCCUUGAGGUUACCUCGCAUAUCUGUGAACUCUACAAGAGCAUUCUCAAAUCCGMUGCCAUUUUGUGGAGAGCCAUUAGUGAAACACACAUACACGUAGUGUCGCAUUUUAUCAUUCGCUGAAUGCAAACAGAUUCUUUUGCGGUCGCAACGUCAUUUACAUUACAAUCGACUAAACCUUUGGCACUUCUUACGACAUCUCUCUAGCUGAGCAUAAUAUUGUCGUUUCAAUAGAGAAUAACAAAUUAUUUCUACAAUGAAAGUUUCUGGUAGAUGGGUAAUUUGCGCUUUUGUCGCUGUAGCGGCAUGCAGUAGCAACGUCAUGGGCGACGGAACCGACAACGAAGCCAGCCAGAUAGAAAAUGGGCAGAGAGAUCUGAUCGACGCGGAUACUCUUGCAUCAUUCRCCAAGGGUGAGCCCGACCAAAAGGGAGACGGAUUGGAUAGUAGGGGCUACUAUUACAUCAAAAAGCCAUACCCACCGAAGCCUAAACCAAAUCCCAAACCAGCGCCAAAGCCUAAGCCUUAUGAGCCGCCACCCACUAUGUACCCUACUGGUUCGAAACCAACCGAUUAUCCGCUUGAGACUUCACUUCCUACUCCAAAUCCUACACCUGAGCCAACAAAAACUCCAAGCAAACUUCCUACGCCUGAUCCCACUCCAAACCCAACCUACAAAGCAACCCCACCACCGGUUCCUCCAACGAGGUUCCCAACUCCUUUCCCAACGAAGGAGAAUGGCUACGGUCACAACCCCUACGGAAGAGUUUACGGAUACCUAACUCAGCGACCAACUCCGCAGCCAACACCGAUGCCUAGUCGUGCUCCUACUCCAAACCCUACUCCCCAGCCAACGAUGAAACCAACUGGUAAACCUACACCUGCGCCAACCCCGAAUCCUACCGAGAGACCGACGAUGAUGCCGACGGCCAAGCCAACCCUGCCACCGACUAAUCAACCGACGCUCCCACCUACACCUAAUCCAACCCCGAGACCUACUCCCGAUCCGACGCCAAGACCUACAUACAGACCGUCACCGUUGCCAACAUUCAAGCCAACACCAAGACCUCCUACUCCAAGGCCUACGAAACGGCCCACCCCGAGUCCUCACAACAGACCCACGCCUAGUCCCACCAACAGACCUACGCCUAGUCCCACCAACAGACCGACGAAUAGACCUACGCCUCAACYUACGUUCCAAAGGCCACCCACGAACCGACCAACAUCGCCCACGGACACGAACCGUCCUACACGUCGGCCGACUCGCAGCCCAACUCGCAGACCAACUCGUCGCCCUACACGAUCUCCUAGCAAUAGCGRUUCAAACUCGAAUAAGAACAACAUGAUGAACAUGAACAACAUGAACAUGAACAUGAACAACUCGAAUAAGAACAACAUGAACAUGAACAUGAACAUGAACAUGNACAUGAACAUGAACAUGAACAUGAACAUGAACAUGAUGAACAAUAUGAACAUGAUGAACAACAUGAACAUGAUGAACAACAUGAACAUGAUGAACAACAUGAACAUGAUGAACAACAUGAACAUGAUGAACAACAUGAACAUGAUGAACAUGAACAUGAUGAACUUCUUUUCAAGGCCCAUGAGAGGUAUGAUGAUGAUGAUGAUGAUGAGAGGCAUGAGACGUCCAGGCUUUUUCAUGAACGUUGCUAACAAUCCAAACAUUAUGGUUAACAUGAGAGGAAUGACCACCGUCAUUACCAUUGGCCGAAAUAUCCUKAAGGAAAGGAGCGCCCUCAAGGAGGUAGGAGCUGCACAACCCGACAACGAAAGGAGACUGAAAAUCGCGGCCAAGAAUAGCAGCAAGAACAAUUUCGUGAAGAAGUUCGUCCCGGCCUCUGGCGCUACAAAAGGGUCGUCACCUCGCGGCAGCAACAGGGCCAGCGAACGACGAAACGAACAAUAAGUAAGGUGAAAGGAAGUAACUUGCAUUGAAAGUAUGUGGUGAUUCGAAUCGAUCUUUGUCGCGUCGUACCUUGUCGAAGCGCAAUGAAUCGAGUUGAAAUAAAUGGAGUUGAGUGGUCACUUGCUGUGAUACUACUAGUAGUAAAUUUUAACUACUCAGCUCAGCUCAGCUCAGCUCAGCGGCAUCACUACCUCGAUGCCACUUAUCGCGUUGCAGCAAUACCGAUGGAAAUCGUCUCUCUCGUCAUAGAUACGCUACGGCACAGGAGGAAUGAUUGGUAUUUGUUUUGUUUCCUAUUUGGAGCCUUAAGUCUGCACGUGACUAAUUUUCUACAUGUUUGGUUGAUGUAAUGGUGUAUAAUAAUAAAGAAUUCUUGCAUUUUAAACAAUGAAUAAAUCAAAAAAUUAUGA